AUGGUGAAGCUGACGGCGGAGCUGAUCGAGCAGGCGGCGCAGUACACCAACGCCGUGCGGGACCGCGAGCUGGACCUGCGGGGAUAUAAAAUCCCUGUCAUCGAGAAUCUGGGUGCCACCUUGGACCAGUUCGAUGCCAUUGAUUUUUCUGACAAUGAAAUCCGGAAGCUGGACGGCUUCCCCCUGCUGAGGAGACUGAAGACCCUCCUGGUGAACAACAACAGGAUAUGCCGCAUCGGCGAGGCGCUGGACCAGGCCCUGCCCUGCCUCACGGAGCUCAUCCUCACCAACAACAGCCUCGUGGAGCUGGGUGACCUGGACCCGCUGGCGUCACUCAAGUCGCUGACUUACCUGAGUAUUCUCAGGAACCCCGUGACCAACAAGAAGCACUACCGCCUGUACGUCAUUUACAAGGUCCCCCAAGUGCGCGUGCUGGACUUCCAGAAGGUGAAGCUCAAGGAGCGUCAGGAAGCAGAGAAAAUGUUCAAGGGCAAGCGGGGUGCACAGCUUGCAAAGGAUAUUGCCAGGAGAAGCAAAACGUUCAACCCAGGAGCGGGUUUGCCCGCUGACAAGAAGAAGGGCGGGCCGCUGCCAGGGGAGGUGGAGGCCAUCAAGAACGCCAUAGCAAACGCGUCGACGCUGGCAGAGGUGGAGCGGCUGAAGGGCCUGCUGCAGUCGGGCCAGAUCCCCGGCAGGGAGCGCCGAGCAGGCCCCGGCCACGACGGGGAGGAGGAGAUGGAGGAAGACACCAUCGCUAACGGCUCCUGA